AUGGACAGGCUUUCCAUCAUGUUUUAUCGGAUCAAUCCGCAUGAUUAUCCCCUCUUCAUGCAGUGCGAGCGCAGCAGCGAGCAGCCAGGGGCCAUUCUUAUGGAGUCCCGCGUGUUACAAGGCAUCCGUUACACGGUCUCUCUCGGAUAUCUUUUGUCGAUUUUGUAUUUUUAUGGUUAUCAUCGUCCCCGUCUGCCUUUUGCCGACCGCCCCUUGGCGAGGCUGCACCAUUACUUUUACCCGAGCGCAGGGUACAGCACCCCAAUUGGCAUUUCUAUUGGGUUGGCGUAUGCUUGCUUCUACGAUGGACACGUGGCAUGCUCAGAGGAAAAUGUCACGCGUGAGGCAAAACGCGAACGUGGCAGAGCAGUCAUGGCAUGGAAGCAGCACAUGCAGAGGCAAAGAGAGGAGGAAGAGGCGGCGCAAAAGCGUCGUUCGUGGUGGAAUCUCCUUAUUUUCUCCAAAGCACCCGUUUCGGAUUGCAGAACAUCCUACGAGGAGUUCUUGGAUCGUAACGGUGUCUUGAGUGUUGGGAGGCAGGCGGCUGAGGUGGAGGAUGCCAGUUUUUAUCAGCUCUACAGCAAGCAGCAGGUGGAUGCAUUAGUGAGCGCGGCAAUGAAAUUGCGACAGUCACCCGAGGAGCAGCGUUGGCUGUGGACCGCGAGUCGUCUGGGAAGUUAUGGCGUCCUUGGAAUGCUGCUGACGUGGAACAGUGGCGGGAUGUUUUUUCGGUCGUUCAUGGGGCUUGGACUUGGCGUCGUCAGCGGCGCCUUCAUCUCUGGGGUGAAAUUGGAUUCCUGA